GAGGGACUUCCGGUUAUUGAGGGACUUCCGGGUAUGGGUGUGAGGAGUCCCGCCGCCUGCCCACGAUGCACCGCGAGCUUCCCCGUGCCCUUUACUGGUUAGUACUGGGAGCUCGUAGUGGGAGCACUGGUCCGUACUGGUCCACAUUGGUCCAAACUGGUUCCUUUUCCGCUUCCGCCUCGCUUACCCAGAGCGCCCCGCGCUGACCGGAAGUGACGCCAUCCCGGAAGCGAAAAUGGCGGCGCCCAACGCGGAGCAGCUCCGGGAGCGGCUCCGGGAGCGGCUCCAGGCCGUGCACGUGGUGUGUCGUGCCCCCCCCCAGCUGUGCCCGGGCAGUUUUCGCCUCGUCGUCGUCUCCGAAAUUUUUCGGGGCCUCAAAACCCUCCAGAGGCACCGGCUCGUUAACGAGGCGCUGGGGGAGGAGCUGGGCCGGAUCCACGCCCUGGAGCACCGGACGCUGACGCCGGAGCAGUGGGAGGAGCAAGGGGGCUCAUUAGCAUAAAUUUGCAUGGAUUUGAAUA